AUGAACCAGACGAUGGAGAAAAUGGCCAAAAUCCCCGAUGCCGACCACUCCCACUUCAUGCGCGUCGCCUUCGGCCACACAACCCCCCUCCUCCCCGACCACGACGCCGUCGGCCCCGUCGAAUUCACCGAUCCCACCCUCAACGACUCCCAGCGAGAGGCCAUCCGCUUCGCCCUCGCCGCGCAAGACAUCGCCCUCAUCCACGGCCCCCCCGGCACCGGCAAGACACACACCCUGAUCGAGCUGAUCGUGCAGAUGGUCCAGCGAAAGCAGCGCGUGCUGGUCUGCGGCCCCUCCAACAUCUCCGUCGACAACAUCGUCGAGCGACUCGCCCCGAAGAAAGUCCCCGUCGUGCGCAUCGGACACCCCGCGCGCCUGCUCCCCUCCGUGCUGGACCACUCCCUCGAGGUGCUGACCCACACCUCCGAAGCCGCGGCCAUUGUUCGUGAUGUGCGCAAGGAGAUCGACCAGAAGCAGGCCAGCAUCCGCAAGACGCGGUCCGCGCGCGAGCGGCGCGCCGUCUACGAUGAUCUGCGCGAGCUGCGCCGCGAGUUCCGCGAGCGGGAGUCCAAGUGCGUGGAGAACCUGGUCCGGGAGAGCAGCGUCGUGCUUGCCACGCUGCACGGCGCGGGCGGCCAUCAGCUAAAGAACCAGAAGUUUGACGUCGUCAUCAUCGACGAGGCCAGCCAGGCGCUGGAGGCGCAGUGCUGGAUCCCGCUGCUGUCGGCGUCCAAGGUCGUGCUGGCGGGCGACCACCUGCAGCUCCCCCCGACCGUCAAGUCGACCAACGAGAAGGUGGACACGAAGGCGAUGGAGAAGCUGAAACGGAAGGCGGCAGAGAAGGCGCAGGAGAGCGGGGUCGAGCUGCUGGAGGAUGUCUCACUGGAGACGACCCUGUUUGAUCGCCUGCUGGCCAUGCACGGGCCCGGCAUCAAGCGCAUGCUCACGACGCAGUACCGCAUGCACGAGCGGAUCAUGCGCUUCCCGUCGGACGAGCUCUACGACUCGAAGCUGAUGGCCGCCGAGGCCGUGCAGGCGCGCCUGCUGAAAGACCUCCCGUACGAAGUGGAGGAGACGGACGACACCAAGGAGCCGGUCGUGUUCUGGGACACACAAGGCGGGGACUUCCCGGAGAAGACCGAGGAUGCCGAGGUGGGCAAGAAGACCCUGGGCGAGAGCAAAAGCAACGAGAUGGAGGCCCUCGUGGUGGGCCGGCACGUCGACGCGCUGGUGGGGGCCGGGGUGCGGCCGGAGGACAUCGCGGUCAUCACCCCGUACAACGGACAGCUGGCGGUGCUGUCACAGAUGCUGCGCGAGAAGUACCCGAGCAUCGAGCUGGGCAGCGUGGACGGCUUCCAGGGCCGCGAGAAGGAAGCAGUGGUGGUGAGUCUCGUGCGCAGCAACAGCGAGCACGAGGUGGGCUUCCUCGGGGAGAAGCGUCGGUUAAACGUGGCCAUGACGCGGCCGAAACGGCAUCUGUGCAUCUGCGGCGACUCGGAGACGAUUAGCAAGGGCAGCGGGUUUCUCAAGCGGUGGAUGGCCUUCCUGGAGGAGCAUGCGGAUCUGCGAUAUCCGGACGCGGGCGAAUUACUGUGA